UCACUACACCGACAGUUUAUAACAGACAGAGGCAAAGACAGACAGUACGCACCCAAACACGAACAGCGGUUUCAGUCUGUAGAUGUGAGGUGGGUUGCAACCAACGUGCAGCGUCGGUCUAUGAUGCUGCACAUGCGCUGAAUGGGCGCCGCGGAAAACAUUGAGGGAUUACCAAAGACAUGGCGGCCAACAUCGAGCAAAUUUUUCGCGAUUUCGUAGUAAAUAAGAUAAAAGAAAUUGAAGAUGAGAGUCAAGAUAUCAUUCUGACAGAUGACGGCCAUCCCAAUGGUAAAACUGCAGAAGGAGCAGAUGGGAUCAACAACACACAAGAUAAAGAUGGCGUAGCCAAUAAGGAAGAGGGUGCUGUCCCACAAAAGAAACACAAGAAGCACAAGAAACACAAGAAGCACAAAAGCAAAAAGAAGAAACGUAAGGAAGAGAAAGAGAGCGGCUCAGAAUCAGCAGCAGACUCUGAUGGAGACAAGGCAAAGACUGGGGAAGAGGAUGACGGGAGAUCCAAGCGGCAUAAACGACAUUCUGGGAAGAAGAAGAAAAAAAAGCAGAAGAAAGAUGGUGACAAGUCCAACAGCUCAUCUGGGUCGGAGUCCGAGUCGAAGCCUCAGCCUGGGAACAAGGAGAGCAAACCUCAGGAUCUGCCUGAUAUCAUCCCUAAACUAGAGGAGAAGUGUCCGGAAAAGUCCUCCAGAUGCUCACGGUCUCGUUCAGGCAAGCGCAGGUCCAGAUCCAGGGACAGGAGAGGGAGAUCCAGAUCGAGGUCCGGUAGAAGACGUGGCGGACACACACGUUCCAGAUCACGGCACCGGAGGUCCGGGUCACAUUCUCGAAGGUCUGGGUCUGCCAGGAGAGGCAGGAGAACCCGGUCAAGGUCCCUCGUGAUCUUGAAGAAAGACAGACGGUCUAGAUCGAGAUCCAGAAGGCGAUCGAAAUCUAAGACGAGAUCCCAGUCGAGUCACCGAGAGAUGAGUUCAGGAUCUCCCUCUCCUUCCAGAAACAACAAAUCCAAAUCCAGGUCUGCCUCAAGAGACAGCCAAUCAGGAGAGAAGGAUCCCUCUGCUGCCCUGGCUGAAGAUGAGUCUGCUGUGAAAGACGAAAACGUAAUGGUUCCUAUCGAUCCGCCAGCCCUAGCUUCCGAAAGCAGCAUUGAGGGUGUUGUCAAUGUGGCCGCCGCCUCUGGAGGAGGGUGGAAGCCAAUACCCUUCUUAGGCGACAGCAGUAAGGAAGAGCCAGCCGUUUCCUCCCAGCCCUCAGGAUGUCUGACAUCUCCACAGAAGUGCCCUAUUCCUCCCGAGGUGCCUUCAGGUGAGCAGCAUGAGGCCUCCACUGACCACCAGUCAACGUCAGCAUCUGAUCUGAACCUCAACAGCCAGCCAACUGGUGAGCCAGGGGAAUCGGAUGGACCUGUUACUUCAGAAACCUUGGAUGGCUCUGUAGAUUCCUUACCCCCCAAAACAGAUGCUGGUGGAGGAGACAAGGUGACACCUCAGGGUGAAGAGCUGCCUGCCUCACCUCAACCUAAACCACAGCCAACAUCUGGAGAGGCAGAGAUGACAGAGAAGGAAGGAGAAUCUUCAAAGUCCAGGUCUCCUUCAAAGAGGAAAAAGUCAAGGUCAAAGUCUCCUGGUCAGAAGAAACGCUCUGAUGCAAAGUCCUCCAAGAAGAGGAGGUCCAGAUCCAAGUCUCCAGGGAGGAAAAGGAAAUCGAGGUCCUCGUCGCCAAGCCGCAAGAGGAAAUCCAGGACGCCGUCUCGGAGGAAGAAGUCUCGCUCAAAGUCCGGGACGAGAAAGAAAAAAUCACGGUCCAAGUCCAGGACGCGGAACAAGCGCUCGAAGUCUAGGUCACCGAAAAGGAAACGAUCCAAGUCACGGUCUCCUGCUCGGAGGUCAAAGAGGUCAAGGUCACGCUCCGGUUCGCGGCGGAGGGGUAGGGGAGCAUUCGGUAGCCACCAGCUGAGCCAGAGGGACCGCUGGAAGCGUGAGCCAAGCCACUCCCCAGUCCUUAUCCUCCGCAAGAAGAGGUCUCCGGCACGCAACAACCGCGACACCAGCAAAAGCCCGCCACGACUUACAGAGCUGGAUAAAGACCAGUUACUGGAGAUUGCUAAGGCUAAUGCAGCCGCCAUGUGUGCCAAGGCAGGGAUACCCAUCCCAGAGAGCCUGCGACCCAAAGCUGUCCUCCAGCUGCCUUUACCCAGCCCCAACAACCCCAUGUCCUUCUCCAUGCCCAUGAAUAUGAACAUGCCCAUGAACAUGUCUAUGAACAUGCCUAUGAGCAUGACCAUGAAUGCAGCUAUGGCUAGCAUGACAGCUGCCACAAUGACUGCUGCCCUGGCCAGUAUGGGAUCUAUGGCCUCCAUGCACCAGAUGGCCCCGCUCCCCAGCAUCACCAACAAGCCCCCGCCAGGUCCCCCCCAGCCCAACAUGGCCACCAUCGAGGAUGUGAAGAGGAAGGUGGCCAAGCAGGCAAACAGCAUCAGCAUCAAGGAGUUCACUGACAAGUGUAAGAAGAUUGUGGAGAAGGGAGGGGAGCUGGCCCUCGCUGAACCCCGUAUAUCUGAUGACGAGGACGACGGCAAACCGUUUGGACGAGCUGCCCUGAGGGAGGUCAAGGGCAUCUCCUUCAGCCUCAAUAACGCAUCCGUGCGUCCAUCUCCGGCGUUGGUGGUUCGGAGCGAGGCGGCGUUCGCCAAGGAGUUCCCCGUGUCGUCGGGCUCCCAGCACAGGAAGAAGGAGGGCGACGGGGGAGGGGCUUACGGAGAGUGGGUGACCGUCGACAAGAAGGCAGAAAAGGCCAAGGUGGCGGCGACCAAGGCAUUGGCAACGGCUGCCAAGGAAACUUCGCCUGGGGAUGCGCCUUUGUCUGCGGUGUCCGUGGCAAUGGAGGAGACGGCGGUCGUCAAGGAGAGUGAUAGUGUGUUCCCGGAGCCGCCGCUACAGCCUGUAGACAUCACCCAGGCAGUCGGUGAGAGGAUGAAGGCCCAGAAGCGUCUGGCUGAGAACCCAUACGACGUCAGUGCCAUCUGCAUGCUCAGCCGUGCUCAGGAACAGGUGGAUGCAUGGGCCCAGUCCAACACCAUCCCUGGUCUGUUUACAGGUUCUACUGGAGCAACGGUGCUCAGCUCAGAGGAGCUGUCCAACAGCGGACCACAGGCCUGGAUUAAAAAGGACCAGUUCUUGCGAGCAGCCCCGGUGUCGGGAGGAGUAGGGGAGUUUCUCAUGAGGAAGAUGGGAUGGCGGACGGGGGAGGGGCUAGGGCGACACCGCGAGGGCACUGUCGAGCCAAUCAUAAUCGACUUCAAGACCGACCGCAAAGGUCUGGUGGCUGAGGGAGAGAAGACUCAGAAGUCGGGCGGUAUGGUUGUGAUGAAGGAUCUACUGGGUAAGCACCCAGUGUCUGCUCUGAUGGAGAUGUGCAACAAGAAGAAGUGGAUUCCUCCAGAGUUUGUUAUGGUGACCCACAGUGGCCCAGACCACCGCAAGAACUUCCUUUUCAAGGUGGUGGUAAAUGGUCAAGACUUCCAGCCUGCGUCAGCCAGUCCCAAUAAGAAGCAUGCCAAAGCCAUGGCUGCUACGGUGGCUCUGCAGGCCAUGGGAGAGGUGGCAGGGGACACAGGGCUUUAUACAGGGCCUGUGUUCACCACUGCUACCACUGGCCCACUGUUCUCCUCCAACGUCUAACACACACAGUGAAACACACUCAGACUGAGAAAGCGCUCGCACACUUGAGUCGCAGAUCCUUCUGGCUGAAAAGGACAUAUAGAAUUUGAAGUCACCCGCCAGGGAACGAUGAUUUGUAUUGGAAUGUCCGUUCUAUCAAGUCUUACACAUUUUUGGGCCUACACACCACAAGCAUUCAGAAGAGCCGUAUCUGCUGCCUAAUGGUCAACACUAGGAGAUGGUGUUACUCUGUAAGCAAAAGAAACUUACUGAUAUUUUAAAACGGUUCCGUAACUCAGUUUUUAAAAAAUCGUACUUUGAAUGUUUAUCUUAUGUGUUGAAGCUCAAAUGAUGUUUUCAAGAAGCAGUUCAUAGUGUUAAUGCAUUUGGGAGAAUUUGAAAAACCCCACUAUUCUCCUAGUGACCAAAUCGUCAAUAUCAAAUGUUACCAAUUUGGAACAUUCAUUUUCAAAGUGAUUCACACUUGAUAGUUCUCUCAUUUUGGACAGAUUAAUUUACUACUGUCUUAAGUUGAGCUUUCUCAGUCCGCUUUUGUUGGUAGCGUUAUUUACAACGUCUGUAUAAAAACAAUUGUAAAGUGUAAGCUGAAAGCGAUGUGGGUAACCGUUAUGGUCUGGAAUACAAAAAUAAAAAUGUUUUUAUCUGAUUAAUUAAAUGAUACAAUCCUU